AUCACUAUAAAUAGACGAAGACAGAAGUUUCAAAGUCAGUCUGUGAUAUUACCUUAGGGUAGGUUUAGUAUUCAUUCCUGAAGUGUUUUUUGGCACUUAACUUGUGGUUCUGGUGGUUGUCGUUUACUGUUGAGGAAAAUCGGAAGUCGGAGUAAAGUUUACAAAGAUUUUCUAAAUAAAAAUGAAGUUCUAUUUGAUCUUAUCCGUGAUUUCUUUGUGUGCCUAUGCGGCCUUAGCCGACGUAUAUUUUGAGGAAAAAUUCAGCGAUGAUUCCUGGCAGAAAAACUGGGUGUACAGUAAACACCCUGGAAAGGAGUUUGGAAAAUUCGUGAGGACUGCCGGCAAAUUCUUUAACAAUGAAGAAGAAGACCAAGGUAUCCAAACUUCUGAAGAUGCUCGUUUCUACGCGCUCAGCACCAAAUUCAAGCCUUUCGGUACUAAAGACAAAGACUUAGUAAUCCAAUUCAGCGUCAAACAUGAACAGAACAUCGACUGUGGUGGUGGAUACGUGAAAGUCUUCGACUGUUCCCUUGAAAGCGAAAAAUUACAUGGCGAGACCCCCUACAGGCUCAUGUUUGGACCUGAUAUUUGCGGACCCGGCACCAAGAAAGUUCAUGUUAUCUUGAACCAUAACGACAAAAACCAUUUGAUUAACAAAGAUAUCAGAUGCAAGGAUGAUGAAUACACUCACGUUUACACUCUUAUCAUUCGUCCAGACAACACCUAUUCAGUAUUGAUUGACAAUGAAGAAGUCCAAAAAGGAGAUUUGGAGUCUGACUGGGAUAUUUUGCCACCCAAAAAGAUCAAGGAUCCCGAAGCCAAGAAACCAGAGGACUGGGACGAGCGUGCAACUAUUCCAGACCCAGACGACACCAAACCAGAAGACUGGGACAAGCCUGAACAUAUUCCAGACCCAGCCGCAACUAAACCCGACGAUUGGGAUGAUGAGAUGGACGGCGAAUGGGAACCACCAAUGAUCGACAACCCUGAAUACAAAGGUGAAUGGAAACCAAAACAAAUCGACAACCCAGCCUACAAAGGUUCCUGGGUUCACCCUGAAAUCGACAACCCAGAAUACAGUCCAGUUCCUGAUCUAUACAAACAAGACGAAAUCUGCGGUAUCGGUUUUGAUUUGUGGCAAGUCAAAUCUGGAACCAUCUUUGACAACGUCUUGAUCACCGACGAUGUCGAAUACGCCAAAAAAGCUAUUGAAGGUUUGAAAGAAACUCAAGAAGGUGAAAAGAAAGCCAAAGAAAUUAAGGACAAGGAAGAAGCUGAAGCUGCUAAGGAUGAAUCCGCAAGCAAUACUGUUGAUGAGGCUGAAGAUGAUGAUGAGGACGAUGCUGAAGGUGAUCAUGAACCACAAGUAGAGGAAAAUCAUGAUGAACUCUAAAUGGUUGUCUAAUUUGUAAGAAUGAGAAAUUUUUUUAUACUGUAGCAGUGUGCAGUGUUUAUUUAAAGUGCGUGUGUACUAUUUUUUGACUGAUUUUUGUUAGUUUUUUUCCUAUGAAUAAUAGUCUAAUAAAUUUUUUGCAAAAUAUUUUUUUAAAGUCUGUAUCACAUACUUUGGUCAAUUUAAGUUAAUGAUUUCUUUGUACAAAAUUCAAGCAUACGUAAUUCCACUUAGUGGAUUAUUACGUAUGGAAAUAAAAUGUAUUAUAGUUUUUUUUAAAUAUAGUUUUAUUUAUAAUUAAAUAAAAGUUUAUAUUAAACUUAAU